GAAGACGAUACAUUUUUGUAAUUUUGAAAAUUGAAAAAAGGCGCGUGUAAAAUUGUAUAAGGUUGUUGAAGCAAACUUAUUUAGUUUUCUACUUGUUUGUCGUAUUAUAUAGAUUCGUUUCAUUUCUACAUAAAUUAAAAAAGUCGUAUACUUUUUUGAUGCAUAUUUAUGUUUGACGAGGUGUCAGUUUAAUUCAUAACUUGAGGAUAAAAUAAGUUUGUCGAGUGAUAGCGCCGAACAGGUUAUGUUUCUCAAAUGGAGUACACAUACACGGGAGAUGUAUUUGUUUUACUAUUGAGAAAAAAAGGAAGGAUCGUCAUACAAUUUUGACAUUUCGAGAGCAAAGAAAUAAUGCCAAGUAGAAAGAUCAAGAAAAGUUCGGAAAACAAUGAUCUUAAAUCGUCAUAUCAUUGUCGUCAACCACAGUCCUCGAUUGAAACUUUGCUUGGCAUUGACGAUUCGAUACUCGAAAGCAUUGGGAACGAUAUUUCGGUAAAUAAUAAGAGAAAUUCAAAAGGGCAAGUGAAAGAAUUGGGAGUACACACCACGGUAGUUGGUUCUCAAAAUCAUUUAGAGUACUGUGGGCAGUCCCAGGUGGUACUGAGUAACCCAAUACAAUCUCCCUGUUAUGAAGAUCCAAUACAUGAUGACGAGUAUCAAUGGCACAAUGAAACUCUAUUCAACGAAGCUGUUAUUGAUGCUUGCUUGGAUGAUUCAUCCACCGAAUCAAAAACCCUGGAAACAUUGGGGCAAUCUAGAAGAUAUGUGGAGCCUUUUGAUGAAAAUUCUUUGGAAGGUCGUCGUAAUAUUUCUCAGGAUCAACCAUUGUUUACUUCAGACGAAAUUUGCUUCGAUGAUUUUCUACUUUCACUAGGAGAACAAGAUGAAUUUAGCAUUCUACAACAAAAUUCUAAGCUGGGUGAUGAACCCAACUGUUUGGCAAACGCUGAUAAAAGGAUAAAAAGCCAAUCGAAUGAGGCUGAAUCUUUCUAUGGGCUGCCUCUGAGAGUAAAGACUUUAAUACAGGAAACAAAAAAGAUCACAUCUCUAUAUGACUGGCAAGAUGAAUGCUUGAAUCUGGAAGCCGUGAAGAAUCGAAGAAAUUUAAUUUAUGCACUGCCAACCAGUGGAGGGAAAACUUUGGUGGCUGAAAUACUAAUGCUAAAGGAAAUAUUGUGCAAUAAAAAAAACGUUCUAUUCGUUCUGCCUUUCGUUGCAAUAGUACAAGAAAAAGUACAAUCCAUGACACAAUUUGCAUUGGAAUUAGGUUUUCUAGUCGAAGAGUAUGCCAGUGGGAAAGGUCAAUAUCCACCGAUGAAAAGACGGCGAAAAAAUAGCAUAUAUAUAUGCACCAUUGAGAAAGCCCAGGGGCUGGUAAAUUCUUUGAUCGAGCUGAAACGAUUGGAUGAAAUUGGUAUAGUCGUAGUCGAUGAACUGCAUCUCCUUGGCGAGUCUGGUGGAAGAGGAGCAACUUUGGAAGGACUUUUGACAAAACUAAUGUUUGCUGGGGCUGGAAAAAUUCAAAUUGUGGGCAUGAGCGCGACAAUCGGCAAUCUCAACGAAGUUGCACAUUUUAUGAAAGCCGAUGUGUACACUCAAAAUUUUAGACCGGUCGAAAUAAAGGAGUACGUUAAAUGCGAUAAUAAAAUUUGGUUAUUAAAUUUAUACGACGAUCCAAUAUUUACGGAUGAAAAAAGGAUCAAUUAUCGAUAUUCAGAAACCGCUAAUCAAAUCGAUCCCGAUCGAAUAGGCGGUCUCGUGAUGGAUGUAGUGCCGAAUGAUUCGUGUCUCGUUUUUUGCGCAACACGAAAAAAUUGCGAAAGCGUAGCUUUGCUUUUGACACGUGUUAUGUUCAGUUUCGUAAAAGAUCACAAAGUGAAAGCGAAAGAAGAACUGCUAGAAGCACUCAAAUUCGAAGGUGAAUUGUGCCCGAUACUUGCUAAAACUGUCAAAUUCGGUGUUGCCUAUCAUCAUUCUGGUUUAACAUCUGAAGAAAGAAAAUUGUUGGAAGAUGCCUUCAAAGAUGGGACACUCUGCGUCCUUUGUUGCACAUCCACCCUCGCAGCAGGUGUUAAUCUUCCAGCCAGAAGAGUCAUUUUGAGGAGACCCUACAUUGGAGAUCAAUUUCUAAAUUUGAGCAGAUACAAGCAGAUGAUUGGUAGAGCUGGAAGAGCGGGAAUGGGUGAGAUUGGAGAGAGUAUAUUGGUUUGUAAUCAAGGAGAAAUGGAAAAAGUUCAGGAGCUUCUAAAAUCACGAAUGGACGAUUGUAUAAGCACGCUUCACUUGGAGGAGGAUCGAGGAAUAAAUAAUUUGAUUCUGAGCUCAGUUACGUUGGAUAUUGCAACGACGCGUUCUGAUCUCCACAAGCUCGUAAGCUCGACGCUUCUUGGUGUGCAACAGAAUCGAUUAAACGUAAACGUGAAAACGCUUGUCGACAACGCUAUUACAGUUCUUUUGAAAGCUGCAGUUUUAAGAGUCAAACGUAGCGGUGAUUUUGAUCCUAAUAUAACCGUUGGCAUCGAAUCUCAAAUCGAUAACGAUGUCGAUUACAAGCCAAAAGUAAAGAAGGGGAAGAGAAACAUCAUUCUCGCAGCUAAUACAAUUUUUGAGCCAACUCCUUUGGGCAGGGCUGCGAUGAAAGGUUCCGUGGACUUGAAAUGCGCUUACACGUUGUAUCAAGAUUUGAAGACUGCGCAAAUGCACAUGGUUUUGAUAAACGAUUUGCAUAUCAUGUAUUUAGUCACACCGUACGAUAUGGCGGAAAAAAUGAAACCUGUUGGCUUCGUUUACUACGAUGUGAUCACUAGCCUGCCGUCGACUCAUAUGACGACUCCUAGAGUUUUGGGCAUAAACGAAGUUACGAUUACGAAGAUGCGGGAUGGCUUAACUCCGAAGGGUAUUGAACCAAGGAUAAUUAAUCGAUUUUGGUUGACUUUGAUGCUUUACGAAUUGUGGCAGCAUCGACCACUUUAUAUCGUAGCGCAUAGAUACCAAGUCGACCGCGGAGUCAUACAAAAUCUCCUUAACGCUGCAGCAACUUUUGCCAACUGCGUAGUUCGUUUUUGUGAGGAAUUACAAGAGUUUUGGGCAUUUACGGAUAUGCUGAGCACAUUCAGUAAAAAGUUGAACUAUUGUUGUACGGCUGAUUUGGAACCGUUGAUGGAACUUCCGGCUGUUAAAGUGAGUCGAGCUCGCCAACUAUUCAACGCCGGCUACAAAACCCUCCAGUCCAUAGCGACCGCAAACCCGAAUGAUCUUGAGGAAAAGAUACACAACUUGCCGAAGAAAACGAUAAAGCGAAUCAUUGCAGCUGCGAAAUUGUUGCUGAUGGAAAAAGUGGAGAAUCUGCGAGACGAGGCAGCAGAGGUUUUGGAAGCCUUAAAUGUCAGUCAAUUUGACUGGGAAUCGGAUUUCUCAUGUAAACUUAAUCAACAAUUUGAUUAGGUUCUUGAAGAAGUACGAAAACAUUCAACUCGACCGUUUGAUCAAAACAAAUAUUUUGUAGUUAUAAGAGUAAUAUUUAUCAAUGUACGAGAAAAUGGGUUUAUUGUAAAAAUUCCAUUUUUAUAAAAUUUUUUUUGUUAUGAA